UUUAAGUUGAUUCGACUGCAAGGGGGCGACACUAAAAUGCAUUUUUGAUCACUAUUUCCUUAUCCCAACAUUUGAAAAGGGGAAAGUACAACUAAUAUUCGGUGGACAUAUUUUAGACCUUUUUCAUAAAGUUCACAGUGACAACUGACAAGUUUAGAUUAGCUAAAAUGGUUACAUUUGAGACAGUUGAUAAUUACUGCAACCGUAAAAACUUAGUACUUUAAGUUUAAAGCCAGCACACACGUGCAGUAAUGUUUGUCUCCCGCUGACUCUGACAGCUGCCAGCUCAUGCCACAAGCAGCUUUAACAAUACUGCAGCUCAUACACACAGAGUUCAGCUACAGUAAGGACGCGGUGCUCCUUCAGUCGACUUCACGGACUUUCUUACAAGGAGAUGAGGAACUUCAUACUGAUUUUACCCAUUUUGCCUUUUCUAUUUGGACCAGCACUGUGCUCAGAAGAUGAGACAAAGUUAGUAAAAACCCUGUUUACCGGAUAUAACAAGGUUGUUCGUCCUGUCAGCCAUUUUAAGGAUCCGGUAGUGGUUACUGUGGGUCUACAACUCAUUCAGCUUAUCAGCGUGGAUGAAGUUAAUCAGAUUGUCACCAGUAAUGUGCGGCUAAAGCAGCAAUGGAAGGAUGUGAAUCUGAAGUGGAAUCCUGAUGACUAUGGUGGCAUCAGGAAGAUCAGAAUUCCCUCCACUGAUAUCUGGAAACCUGAUUUAGUGCUUUAUAACAAUGCUGAUGGUGACUUUGCCAUCGUCCAUGAGACAAAGGUCUUGUUGGAGCACACGGGAAUGAUAACAUGGACUCCUCCAGCAAUCUUUAAGAGCUACUGUGAGAUUGUGGUCCUUCACUUUCCCUUCGACCUGCAAAACUGCAGCAUGAAACUUGGAACGUGGACCUAUGAUGGCAACCUCGUCAUUAUCAACCCAGACAAUGACAGACCAGACCUAAGUAAUUUCAUGGAGAGCGGGGAGUGGGUGAUGAAGGAUUACAGGAGCUGGAAACACUGGGUGUAUUACGCUUGCUGUCCAGAUACGCCCUACCUUGAUAUCACUUAUCACUUCCUCUUGCUCCGCCUGCCACUUUAUUUCAUCGUGAACGUCAUCAUCCCCUGCAUGUUGUUCUCCUUCCUCACUGGGCUUGUGUUCUACCUGCCCACAGACUCUGGUGAGAAGAUGACCCUUAGCAUCUCUGUCCUGCUGUCUCUGACUGUGUUCUUGCUGGUGAUUGUUGAGUUGAUCCCCUCCACAUCCAGUGCUGUUCCACUGAUUGGCAAAUACAUGCUUUUCACCAUGAUCUUUGUCAUUGCUUCCAUCAUCAUCACUGUGAUUGUCAUCAACACACACCACCGUUCACCCAGCACACACACUAUGCCUGCUUGGGUCCGCAAGAUCUUCAUAGACACCAUUCCAAACCUGAUGUUUUUCUCCACUAUGAAACGACCAUCCCAGGAACGACAGGAAAAACGUCUAUUUCCUGCCGAUUUUGACAUCUCUGACAUUUCAGGGAAACCUAUGCCAGCAUCUGUCACUUACCACUCUCCCAUAACCAAAAAUCCUGAUGUACGCAGUGCCAUCGAAGGUGUUAAAUACAUCGCAGACACAAUGAAAAGCGACGAGGAGUCCAACAAUGCCGCAGAAGAAUGGAAAUUUGUCGCCAUGGUCCUGGAUCACAUUCUUCUAUGUGUGUUUAUGGCGGUGUGUAUUAUUGGCACAUUAGCAGUGUUUGCCGGACGCCUAAUCGAGCUCAGCAUGCUGUGAGAGCCCAAAGGCCCACUUGAAGCCAGGGACUGGAGUGCCUUGACUCUCUGCUGAGUUGUAGCAAAGAGGAUACUUUUUACUGAUCAGACCAGAUGUUAAUGGAACAGUGAACUUAUUCAACAACUGGAAAAUAAAACACCCACUCUAUUUGGUUCUCUUCAUUUAAAGUAUUUCUGUUAACACAGUUGCACGCUCCUAACCUCAGAAUGCCUGUGUGAAUAUGCAGAACUUGACAGAAGUAAGCACAGAAGCAGAGAAAUAUGAAAAUGUGUGACAUUUAUUCUACGUAGGAGUAUAUUUUAUAUGUUAGACUUAUUUUUAUUUUUCUUCGUCUGUGUUUUCCAUGGUAACCAAUGUACUUGAAUUGCUUGAUAUUUAAAGAGAAAAGAAUGAAUAACUAAAGAAGAACUAAGCCUAAAUAGCAAACAAAUGGUUGACGUUGAUGUUGCUGCUGUUACAUUUCCCUGACAGUUUAUACCACUUUGUAUUUGGUGAAAUAUAUUAUGCAUAUACAUAUUUAAUAGUUAAUUUAAGUUUGUUUAUUAGUUUAAACAUGCUUUUUGAUGAAGCAUAUAUAGACCUGAUUGAAAAAAACUGAACUUUUGUCUUAUAAUCCGUAAUAAACU